UUGCCAAACUUGCAGGUCGCACACGCAAUGACAACUGUUGAUCGUGUUCGUUCAGAGGAUGGAUUGGCCGGCGAAGGGAUUAAAAUUGGUGUGAUAGACACAGGUAUCGAUUAUACACACCCAGCACUCGGUGGAUGUUUUGGAGACGGAUGUCGGGUCGCGUAUGGACAUGAUUUAGUUGGCGAUGAUUAUGGUGAAUCAAACAGCUCGGUCGAUCCAGAUAAUGACCCCAUGGAUCAAUGUGAUGGACACGGAACUCAUGUUGCUGGUAUCAUCGGUGCAAAGGAUGAUAUUAAGGGAUUCGAAGGAGUGGCACCGAAAGCAACUCUUGGCGCAUGGCGUAUUUUCGGGUGCAAUGGAGAUACUGAAGAUGAUAUCAUUUUGAUGGCAGCUGAAAUGGCAAUGAAGGCGGGUAUGGAUGUUAUCAAUUUGUCACUCGGCGGAGGAGUCAGUGCUUGGCAGGAGGACCCGCUCGCUGUUGCGUUAUCUAAUAUGGCAGACCAAGGAGUUUUUGUGGCUGUUGCACAAGGAAAUGAAGGACGUGAUGGCAUCGAACGAACACCGUCACCCGCUGUCGGGGACCAUGUUUUAGCCGUGGCAUCCAUGGAUAACAACGCAAAAUUCGGACACGUAUUCACUCUGUCUUCCACCAACGACAGCAAUGACAAUGAUACCAUCACUUACGAAUAUACCCUGUCUGUUGCAAAAGGAAAGUUCCCAACAAAUCACACUACGUUUCCCGUCAUGGCUUUGAUUAGCAACCAUUCGUCCAAUAUUGCAAGUUCUGGAUGUGAUCCUAUUCUGCACGAUUUGACAGGUUACGUGGUACUCUUGCGUCGCGGCAAUUGUGAUUUCGGUCAAAAGGCGAUGCAUGCUCAAAAUGCAGGCGCCGUGGGUUUGUUGAUCUAUAGUCAACCGGGAAACACUGCAGUUGAAAUUGAUUUGGAGAGAUAUACCCAUGUGCGUAUACCCGUGGGCUCUAUCAAUGGCGAUGAUGGGGCUCAGAUGUUCAAGCGUUUGGCUACUCUUACUACUACUACUGCCGCUACUACUGAUAAUGCAACGCCGGCCAAUAUGACAAUCAAGUUUUCCGAACAAUUAGUCAAGAUUAAAACUGGUGGACUGCCCUCCAUGUUUUCGACAUGGGGCCCUGAUCCGGAGCUUCAUCUCAAGCCAGAUAUUGCAGGAAUUGGUGGAUACGUAUACUCGACGUAUCCACAAAAUUUGGGUGCAUAUCUGUUAAUGAGUGGAACAAGUAUGGCAACACCGUAUCUUUCGGGGUCUAUAGCAUUGUAUAUGCAGGCCAAAGGUCAAAAGGAUAGGUCCGCAAUUGUUUCGGAUUUAUUGAACACAGCGGCACCCACUGGAGCUGCAUUGGAAACUCGGGAUCUUCUACAAUCACCAAUUAAGCAGGGCUCAGGUUUGGUUCAGAUAUAUGAUGCUAUUCAUAAUACAGUACAAAUGGAACCAUCGAAAAUAGCCUUGAACGACAGUGCUCAUUUUCAACAUAAUGCUACACUUUCCAUUCACAAUCGAUCACCUGACCGCGAAACAUUCAAGCUCACCCAUCUGUCUGCAUUAUCCAUCAAUGGCUUCGAUUUAAGCUCAAGUGCAGGUCCAGUGAUGGUUCCAACAUAUUUAUCAGCUUUUGCCAACGUUACUUUUGAGCAGGCUGAAUUUGAGCUUGAAGGCAACCAAAAGAUCGCCGUUACUGUCAACUUUGUACCACCACAGGAGAAUACAACAGAACACAUGCUUUACGGUGGAUAUAUUGAAGUGACAUCAACGUCGUCAUCCAGAAGCGCGCGAGUGCCUUACUUUGGCUCUCUCGGUAACCAACGUAAUUUACCUAUCCUCGACAUUUCGGACGGAUUCCCUUAUAUUGGUGACUAUUACGGUGACUCGGUGCAAAACACAACCUACAACUUUACGCAACGAGAUAUCCUGUACUUAUACGUGCGAAUCGCUAAUCCUACUACGGUAUUAAAAUCGGAACUCAUCAACGCUACCGACAAUUCAUUGGUUGGUGAACUACCCCGCGUUCAAGACGCUUGGCUUCCACGCAACGAUCAUACCAGAGACAACUACAACUAUUUCUAUCAAUGGCACGGUGGUGUCCUCGUAUCACCGCCACCAUCAUCAUCAUCGUCACAGCAAAGCCGUAUGGAUAUAAAUCCCGUACCUACAGGGAGAUAUCGUCUGCGCUUAUCUGGUCUACGUAUAUUAGGCGACCGAAAAAUUAAAGAAGAUUGGCACUCGUGGGAAUCACCCGAAUUUAAUGUUUCAUAAUCGUCAAGUAGAAAAGCUCUCGUCCGUGUGUGUUAAAUUGUAUCUGAUUAACAUACAAUAGCAUAUAAAAAGUUCCAGCUAUAUAGAGUACAUAAGAAA